GGGGCCGCCGCGGAAGUUGCUGUCACCGGGACCCGGAGUGGAGGCGGCUGCGACAUGAAGCGGCGCGGACCCGCUCCGUAGCGCGUCGGGGAGCGGGGCUUGGGGGGAAGGAAAAUGCAACAUGGCAGCAGCAAUGGAAACAGAGCAGCCGGGUGUUGAGGUAUUUGAAACAGCAGAGUGUGAGGACCAAAUUGACUUGCAGAAUCGCCCUCAGUUGGAGCCCUUUUAUGUUGAACGGUAUUCUUGGAGUCAGCUGAAAAAGCUGCUUGCUGAUACCAGAAAAUAUCAUGGCUACAUGAUGGCUAAGGCCCCGCAUGAUUUUAUGUUUGUGAGGAGGAAUGAUCCAGAUGGACCUUAUUCGGACAGGAUCUAUUACCUUGCUAUGUCUGGUGAGAACCGAGAAAAUACUUUAUUUUAUUCUGAAAUCCCCAAGACCAUCAACAGAGCAGCAGUCUUGAUGCUGUCUUGGAAGCCUCUUUUGGAUCUUUUCCAGGCAACACUGGACUAUGGAAUGUAUUCUAGAGAAGAAGAAUUAUUAAGAGAAAGAAAACGCAUUGGAACAGUUGGAAUUGCUUCUUAUGAUUAUCACCAAGGAAGUGGGACAUUUCUGUUUCAAGCUGGUAGUGGAAUUUACCAUGUGAAAGAUGGAGGGCCACAAGGAUUUACUCAACAACCUUUACAGCCCAAUUUAGUGGAAACUAGUUGUCCCAACAUACGGAUGGACCCAAAAUUAUGUCCUGCUGAUCCAGACUGGAUUGCUUUUAUACACAGCAAUGAUAUCUGGAUAUCCAACAUUGUCACCAGAGAAGAAAGAAGGCUCACCUAUGUGCACAAUGAGCUAGCCAACAUGGAAGAUGAUCCCAGAUCGGCUGGAGUUGCUACAUUUGUUCUUCAAGAAGAGUUUGAUAGAUAUUCUGGCUAUUGGUGGUGUCCAGAAGCUGAAAUGAGAACAGCAAAUCCAAAAGUCACUUUUAAGAUGUCAGAAAUAAUAGUUGAUGCUGAAGGAAGGAUUAUAGACAUCAUAGAUAAAGAACUAAUUCAACCUUUUGAGAUUCUGUUUGAAGGAGUGGAAUAUAUUGCCAGAGCUGGAUGGACUCCAGAGGGAAAAUAUGCCUGGUCCAUCCUACUAGAUCGUUCCCAAACUCGCCUACAGAUAGUGUUGAUCUCCCCUGAGUUAUUUAUCCCAGUAGAAGAUGAUGCCAUGGGAAGACAGAGACUCAUUGAGUCAGUGCCUGACUCUGUGACGCCACUGAUUAUUUAUGAAGAAACAACAGACAUAUGGAUCAAUAUUCACGACAUCUUUCAUGUUUUCCCCCAAACUCACGAGGAUGAAAUUGAGUUUAUUUUUGCCUCUGAAUGCAAAACAGGUUUCCGUCACUUGUACAAAAUCACAUCCAUUUUAAAGGAGAGCAGAUAUAAACGGUCCAGUGGUGGGCUGCCUGCCCCAAGUGAUUUCAAGUGUCCAAUCAAAGAGGAAAUAGCGAUUACCAGUGGUGAAUGGGAAGUUCUUGGUCGGCAUGGAUCUAAUAUCCAGGUUGAUGAAGUCAGAAAGCUGGUGUAUUUUGAAGGCACCAAAGAUUCCCCUUUAGAGCAUCACCUAUACGUGGUCAGUUAUGUAAAUCCUGGAGAAGUGACGAGGCUGACUGACCGUGGCUUCUCCCACUCUUGCUGUAUCAGUCAGCAUUGUGACUUCUUCAUAAGUAAAUAUAGUAACCAGAAGAAUCCACACUGUGUGUCCCUUUACAAACUGAUGAGUCCUGAGCAACUUGCAAAUGACCCAAAUGACCCAGCUUGCAAAACAAAGGAAUUUUGGGCUACCAUUUUGGAUUCUGCAGGUCCUCUUCCCGACUAUACCCCUCCUGAGAUUUUCUCUUUUGAAAGUACUACGGGAUUCACAUUGUAUGGAAUGCUCUACAAACCUCAUGACCUACAACCUGGAAAGAAAUACCCCACUGUAAUAUUCAUAUAUGGCGGUCCCCAGGUGCAGCUGGUGAAUAAUCGGUUCAAAGGAGUCAAGUAUUUCCGCUUGAAUACACUCGCCUCUCUGGGUUAUGUGGUUGUGGUGAUAGACAACCGGGGAUCCUGUCACCGAGGGCUUAAAUUUGAAGGCGCCUUUAAAUACAAAAUGGGUCAAAUAGAAAUCGACGAUCAAGUGGAAGGACUCCAAUAUCUCGCCUCUCAAUAUGAUUUCAUUGACUUAGAUCGCGUGGGCAUCCAUGGCUGGUCCUAUGGAGGAUACCUCUCCCUGAUGGCAUUAAUGCAGAGGUCAGAUAUCUUCAGGGUUGCUAUUGCAGGGGCCCCUGUGACUUUGUGGAUCUUCUAUGACACAGGCUACACGGAGCGGUACAUGGGCCACCCUGACCAGAACGAGCAGGGCUAUUAUUUAGGGUCUGUGGCCAUGCAAGCAGAGAAGUUCCCCUCUGAACCAAACCGCUUACUACUUUUACACGGGUUCUUGGAUGAGAAUGUCCAUUUUGCACAUACCAGUAUAUUACUGAGUUUCUUAGUGCGGGCUGGAAAACCAUAUGAUCUACAGAUCUAUCCUCAGGAGAGACACAGCAUACGAGUUCCUGAGUCUGGAGAACAUUAUGAACUGCAUCUUUUGCACUAUCUUCAAGAAAACCUUGGAUCACGUAUUGCUGCUCUGAAAGUGAUAUAAUUAUUCCCGGGUAGAACUCUGGUCUACACUGGCUAUUUAACCAAAUGAGGAGGUUUGAUCAGUUAGAGAACAUGGAAUUAAGCCUGCCAUGGUGGUACCUGCCAUAGAACAUCUGACUUCUGAAAGUACAUUUGGUGGCAUAGGCUUCUACAGCUCAUCUGAUUCCUUAACCACACACACACAAAAUGAAUUGAUACCUAUUCCUAAGGAAUCCAGCAAUGCCAUGAGAAUUACAGAGAAAAAACUUAAGACUUGAGCACCACAUUCAUACCACUCUCUUUUCACUUUUAAUAGCAUUAUAAAGUCUCACGGACCUAAUUAGUAGAUUUUUUUACUAUACUUCUGAGUUUGUUAAAAAUAUGGCAUUAGUGAUUGGUUUGGUUCAAUUACAGGAUCUCUUGACUAGUCACAGAUUUGAUAGCACUUAAUGUGAUUGAAUAGCUUAGGCUUCAUCGAGUGGGGUGUAUCAGCAUGUUAUAAACUAAUCACUAUUAAACCUAUGACUUAACCAAGUCAUUAAUGAUUUUUUAAGGAUAAUUUAGUGGCCUCCUAAAGACACUUUUUUUUUUUUUUUUUUGGCUCAGACCAGUUUUUAGCCUAUUUAAACUGUACUUAGUAUAAACAGUCCUCCUUUUUCCUCAAUGAUAAGACAGAGUGGGAUUUUUUUCUUUUUGCAUAAAAAACAAGUAACUGUACUACUAUAUGUAGCAUGGAUUUAAUCAUAAGUCUUAUGAUGUUGAUACUUACAGGCAGAAUAUUUUUAGUCAAAUGAUUAAAGAGCUUACACAUUUGCAGGCAAGUAUCAUUCUUCCUUUAGGAAAAAGGAAGAAUGUGUAUUCACUUGUAUGUGGGAAAGUUAGUGAUGCCAGUUUCCAUUUGGUAUUAUUAAAAUGUUGCCGAAUUUUCGAAGGUGGGAGGAGAUGGCUGUGGGAUGGAUGGAUGGACCAGGCACAUGGAGAAGGCAGUGCGGGGUCUGCUUAAGAACUGAGCAAAAGUACAUGGGAGAAAAACUGGGAAAGUGGAACCUAAACUCCUAGAAUGUUAGUUAAGGAAAACAGAAUUGGGAAAUGACUCUCUUGCCAUCACAGACAGACAUUGUUCAUAGGAAGAAAAAUUCCUUAGGCUUUAUUGUAAUUCCUUUUUUUUUUUUGUUGUUCUUCCUCUUAAUUUUAAAACCUUACCUCCUCCCC